AUGAGUAUUGCAAUUACUGACAUUUGGGCCUCAUCCAGGCGCGAUUACGUCGUUAGUUUGGAGAGUCGUCUCCAAGCCGUUGAGACCAAGCUCAACUCCCAUGACCGCUCCUCACAGCAUCUGGGCUCCCAACAGCACACAUCUACUCCCGGAUCUAACCCUGGCGUGGUCUCCAUUUCUGACACUCCCAUUGAUCUCUACGAAGGUGAAUCAUCGUUCACCAGACAAUCACUCGGAGCUAGAGAAGCCGUCGAGUCCAUGGCCAAUCCGAGUGCCCCAGGUGCUGGUUCUAAUCUGAAUAUUGCAUUUGAUUCACUGAGCGGUCUUUUGAAGCCAGUUCAACAAAGCGGACAGGCCGAGGAGGGCAGUACCCGUGACUCUGUGCAGAUGCCUCUAUGCUUACCUGCUGAACUAGUUCUCACAUUGUUGCGAAGGUUUCGCGAGCAAACGCCGUUGUUCUUAUCUUCUUACCCUAUCAAUGAUCUGGCGUUGUUGGAGAAGCUUUGCCAACGUGUCUAUUUUCCAAUUCGGGAUGUCUCAGCUGGCGAUGUUGCAGCAAUGCACGGGGUCUUUUAUUGGCUUAUCAGGGAGCUUCUAUCGAGAAACGACGACCUUUGCAAAAAAUUUGAUCUUGCGACCCAUUUCAAAAAUUGCAAAUCCAGCUUUGAAGCUGAUCUCAGGAGUCACAGCUUGUUCACGGCACCUAGCUUUGAGAAUGUCAUCGCGCUUGCUAUGGGUACUUUAAAAGCACAAGAUGAAGCCGAUCCACUUACUGGAUGUCAUAUGAUAUCCACUGCCGUUCGAUACUGUCAGAUGCUUGGAUAUCAUCGAGAGUCUACGUUUAAGAACUCGAAAGAUGAAAAUUCAAGCAGUAAGCGCCGAGUAUUCUGGACCAUUUAUGUCUUUGACAAGACUAUGUCCCUGCUACUGGGUCGUGCAUCCUAUCUGCAAGACUUUGACAUGGAUGUGAAACCACCAGCACCUUCAUCAGAUCCGAAAAUCUGCCCUUGGGACGAGGCAUUUUGUUCGAUGAUCGAGCUCGCGGGUAUCCAAGGAGAUACGUACAAUAAGCUCUACUCCCCUUCUGCCAUGAAACACUCGUCAUCAGAGCGAUUGAAAGAUAUCAAGAGAUUGAAGCUCGCGAUUGAGGAGUGCAAACGAGGCAGGGACAAGAUCGAUUAUUCAAAAGCGGAUCAGCCACAGAUUCAUGAGUUGUCUCUGAAAACAUGGGAUAUUCUAUACUACUCAGUCUUGACCUCUAUUCUGCGUGCCUAUACUUCAACCGAAGAUGGCGAGAUCGGACACGAAUGUUUCACCGCUGCCCGAAUGUGCUUGCUCAGUCAUCUGGAGUGCUUCCCAGGAUAUGCUGAUUCGGGUCUCGUAACGGUUGCAGAUUAUGCCAACUGGGUCCAACUGUACUCUUCUUUCACUCCAUUCAUCGUUAUCUUCCUUCAUUCCAUCGCGGCUACUAGUCUUGAAGACGUGAAGCUUCUCGAGCAGGUUGUGGAGACAGUACAGAAGACUCGUGGAGUUUCAAAAGCAUCAGAGCGUUUGUAUAAUAUAUGCGCUAAUUUUCUUUCAGUUUCGCGUGGCUUGGUCGGAGCCCAGAAAUCUUGCGUUGGUAGAUAUGACGGAAACAGAGACGCCCUGGAGCUUACCAAUGACUCCCAAGACGGUCACUAUUUCCCUACAGACCUCCAACAAGACGAUAUUGGUCUGGAUAUGACUAGAUAUCUCACUUACCCAGAGGCACAGAGUAUGUCGGCGCUUUUGGAAUGCUGGGAUAGUGGACAGCCGUCUGCGAUGGAUCUGCUGGGAAUGGACACAGAGUAUAUUCAAUGA